AACAGAGGAGCAGGCGGAGCGGCAGCGGCAUGAACACGAGCAGCCGCACGAGCGCACAGAACAUAGACAUACACACACUCACGCGCGCACCGAGCACCAAGCGGAGCACGCUGUCGCUUCAUGCCUCCUACACUGCAUCUGCUGGACCAAACACUAUAACCAUCUAUCACAGCAAACGGGGGAGAAAUUAAAGAAUUGCACCAUGAACCGUAAGGGAGGAUUGGUGCUGACGCUCGUCGCUGCGUUGCAGGUGGUUUUGCAGGCUGCGGGGGACGUGCCAUGCCAGCCAGGCUUCACCCAGCAAGAGUACAGCGUCGUUGUCAAUGACAUCAUUACAGAGGGACAGGCCCUGCUUAAAGUGAGCUUCAUAGACUGUGGUAAAGGUUCCAGUCUGCGCUUUGAGAGCAGUUACCCCGCGGAUUUCCGGAUAGGACAAGACGGCACGGUGUACGCCACAAGAACUCUGCGCAUAUCAGACAGAAAGGAAAGGAGCCUAGAGAUCAGCGCAAAAGAUAAGGAGAGACAGGGGGUGUGGCUAACUCAAGUCUCCUUCACACUACCAGACACACCUAAACAGGUGCCUGAGAUCAUGUUUCCAUGGCGCAGCGUCGUCGUCGGGGGCGAUGGUAGCAUGAGCCGCGUGAAAAGAGACUGGGUCAUUCCUCCCAUCAACGUCCCUGAAAACUCCCGAGGACAGUUCCCAGAGGAGCUUGUCAAAAUCCGUUCAGACAGAGAUAAGAUUAACACGCUGCGCUACAGUGUGACGGGACCAGGAGCUGAUCAGUCUCCUACCGGCCUCUUCAUCAUCGACCCCAUCAAUGGACAGCUGUCUGUCACUAAGCCUCUAGACCGAGAACAGAUCUCCAAUUUCCAUCUGCGCGCUCAUGCUGUGGACAUUAACGGCAAUCAGAUGGAGAAUCCCAUUGAUAUUGUCAUCAAUGUCAUCGACAUGAACGACAACAGACCGGAGUUUACUCAUCAGAUCUGGAACGGCACGGUGGACGAGGGUGCCAAACCAGGCACUUUUGUGAUGACAGUCACAUCACAAGAUAAGGAUGACCCCAACACAGCCAACGGCAUGCUGAGAUACAAGAUCCUCUCUCAGAGUCCUGAGACUCCGUCCACCAACAUGUUCACCAUCAAUAACAAGACAGGAAAAAUCAUCACCGUAGCCGCAGGCCUCGACAGAGAGAAAGUGUCCCAGUACACUCUGAUCAUCCAGGCCACUGAUAUGGAGGGAAAUCCGACAUACGGCCUGUCCAACACUGCUACCGCCAUCAUACGGCUGCUUGACGUCAAUGACAACGCCCCAGAGUUCACCAGAGACACAUUUUACGGAGAAGUGCCUGAGAACCGUGUGAAUGUGAUUGUGUCUAAUCUGACAGUAACAGAUAAAGACAAGCCAGGCACACCAUCCUGGAACGCGGUGUAUCGCAUCACAUCCGGAGACCCAACCGGACGCUUCUCCAUCCCCACUGACCCCACCACCAACGAGGGCCUUGUGACGGUGGUUAAGCCUGUAGAUUACGAGAUGAAUCGUUCGUAUUUGUUAACCGUGGUAGCCGAGAACGAAGUGCCGCUGGCGGGAGGGAUCCACCGUACACGCCAGUCGACAGCCACCAUUUCCAUACGCAUCAUCGACGUGAACGAGAGUCCCAACUUUGAGCCCAACCCCAAACAGAUCAAACUGGAUGAGGGACUUCCUGCAGGGUCGAUGCUCACCACAUUUAUUGCUCACGACCCUGACAGACACAUGCAGCAGAGUAUCAGGUACUCGAAGUUAUUUGACCCAGCUAACUGGCUGGAAAUCGACCCAAAUAACGGGCGAAUCUCCACCAUCGCCCUACUCGACCGUGAAUCCCCGUACGUCAGAAACAACCUCUACAAUGCCACCUUUAUGGCCUCUGAUAAUGGUAUUCCUCCUGCGAGUGGAACAGGCACGCUGCAGAUCUACCUGUUGGAUAUUAAUGAUAACGCGCCACGAGUUUCUCCCCAAGAGAUCGAAGUGUGUGAGAGACCAGAGCCCAACGGCAUCAACAUAACAGCUGUGGACGGAGACCUGAACCCCAACGCCGGGCCAUUUGCUUUCGAGCUCGCCAACCGACCUGCUGACAUCCGCCGCAACUGGACACUCACUCGUCUCAAUGGCGACCAUGUCCAAUUGAGCCUGAGAAUCGGGUAUCUCCAGAGCGGAAUCUACGAAGUCCCCAUUAUCAUCACGGACUCUGGAAACCUGCCGAUGGCCAACACCUCACAUCUGCGCGUGAAGGUGUGCCAGUGCGAUCACCAUGGAGACUGUGUGGACAUGGAGCGCAUCAUGGCUGCCGGUUUGGGUACCGGAGCUAUUAUUGCCAUCCUUAUCUGCAUCAUCAUCCUGCUGGUGCUAGUGCUGAUGUUUGUGAUGUGGAUGAAGAGGAGAGAUAAAGAGCGGCAGGCGAAGCAGCUGCUGAUCGACCCGGAGGACGACGUGCGAGACAACAUCCUCAAAUACGACGAGGAAGGCGGAGGAGAGGAGGACCAGGAUUAUGAUCUGAGUCAGCUGCAGCAGCCAGACACUCUGGAGCAUGACCUGGUGAAGCCAGUUGGAAUUCGUCGACUGGACGAACGCCCGCUGCACCCGGAGCCCAACUACCCACUUCGUUCUGCUGCACCACACCCUGGAGACAUCGGAGACUUCAUCCACGAGGGUCUGAAGGCGGCUGAUACGGAUCCAACGGCUCCACCGUACGACUCGUUGCUGGUGUUUGAUUACGAGGGUAGCGGCUCUACCGCCGGCUCACUCAGCUCACUGCACUCAUCCAGCUCCGGAGGUGAGCAGGACUACGACUACCUCAACGAAUGGGGACCACGGUUUCGCAAACUAGCCGACAUGUACGGCGGAAACGACGACUAAAAGCGGCCAGGUGUUAACGAAAAAAAAUUAAAUAGAAAAAAAAAAGCGGCACUUUUAUAACACGGGACACGGGACAGUGUGUAAAAUCAAACGAAAAAUGUUUCCCCCAUGACAGAAUGAGACAGAGGGGAAGAGAAGAAGAUCACCAUGGCAACACUACUGGCUCUUUCCAGGCUUUGUGCCGAAGCCAUAGAGCGCAAGGUGAUGGAAUCUGGACUCCAUCUCUGGAUCAGGCCAGUUUGUUGCCCGAGAUUGUGGGACCAUCGGUGCAAAAAAAAUUUAAAAAUUUAAAAAAAAAAAAAAAAAAAAACGCUGAAGGAAUGCUCAAAGAACUUUGAACUGAACGCUCAGUUACACUUGAAUCUCACAGUACAGAAGCACUGGGAUAUUACGUGCCUUUUUGUACAUUUUUUUGAUUGGUUUCCAUUCAUUGGCUUUAUCGGCUCUGAGUUUUUGGAGUAGUUCUGUUGUGAGCCUGUUUAUAGAAUAUGGUUAUGCUUCAACACGCUUCUGUUUGUACAUCACAGCAUGGCGCUGUUAGACGCCAUCACGCCUCACCCCGAAGAAGAAAACGAGACUGAGAGAACAGCAUUGUACAGUACGCUAGAAAUUAGAUGUCAAGUUUUAUGUCAUUGUUUCUUUUUCUCUCUUUUUUUUUAAACUAUUGCAAUUGUUUUUCACCAAAAUUUUAACUUAUGCAGCCGGUGCAGAAGAUGAAACCCUCAUCAUUGUUUGCUAGCGAAACUUUUUUGUUGUUGUUGUUAAGAGAAAUUCCUUAUUUUUGAUUAUUUCCUUAUUUUUUAUGUGACAUCUUGUUUCACAAAUAAAACUUGUUAUUUUUAAUUUGAUCUCCA